AAGCUCUUCCCAAAUCCGGAGAUACGUGGUUGUCUCGCGCCAAAUUCUCAAUUCGCUGCCAGCUUCGCAAACAGCUGAGAGCCCUGGAUCACCACUUUCCUAGGAACCCAGUGCAAGCAGUGGGAUACUAACGAAGGUCAGGUCAUAGCCGGUAGGUUCUUGAUAGCCGACCGUCUCAAGCAUGUGAGGAACCCAGAAAACUUCAAGGACUGGAAUGGUCGCUUCGCUAUCGAUUGGCCGAUAGGUAAGAUCCUCGAACACAAGUAUGCUGACGGCAUCAUCGAGUGCAAAGUACGUUACCUAGGCUCCCUGCCGGCGGAAUGUGGAGUUCGAUGAGGCGUGGCUCACUGCGGAGGCGCAUGAUGGUAUACAGAGAUGGAAUAUACUGAAGAGAGGCCUGAUUCUGCAGAUGAGCAUGAUGAUGAAGAUGAAGGUGAACGCCUUCCAAAUGAAGACACGAGUAAUGAAACAGACGAGCGAAGGAUUGUAUGCCCGGUGAUCGAAGCAUAUAUAGUACUAAAAGCCUCUAGGAACUACUCUGAGAUACGAUUUGCGCAGAAACGCAAGCAAGUGUAUAUUUAUUCCCCUUAUGGGCCUUACCUGUGACUGUAUGGCUUCUGCCGUAGGGCAUCCAAGACAAAUGUACCAGACCCUCCUAGGUGGGCGGUCCCAGUGCAAUCUGGCUGGCCCAAACACUCAUACAGUACAUUCAUGCCCAAAGGAUACUAAGAUGCACCAUGGAACACGAAAGCAUUAUGAGUGGUGCUGAAGUGAGAAGGGCAAACAAGGCGCAGCUUGAUAGGU